UGUGUGCUAACAUCAUUUACAUCCAUUGUCUGCAUCACUCACAUUCUUCAGCAGAAAUUCCCAAGGGAUUGGAAAAUCAAGAAAAAAUCAGAUCUAUUAGUAAUGUAAAUAUGGUGGAGACUUGAAAGCAGUAGCAGUAGUAUGGUGAGAACAGUGGGCUGUUCCGAGCUACACACAGGGGAGAUUUUUUCAAGGCUUAUUUGUGACAUUGUAAUGUUGGGAAGGUCUGCACUGCUUACAGCUGGAAGAAGAUUUCCAACUCGAGACCUAUGUGCUGCUACUCAUUUUCCAAUGAAGUACAUCCUGGUAACCGGUGGUGUCAUCUCAGGCAUUGGCAAAGGAAUCAUUGCAAGCAGCAUUGGCACCAUAUUGAAAUCAUGUGGUCUACGAGUCACUGCAAUCAAAAUUGAUCCUUAUAUUAAUAUAGAUGCUGGAACUUUCUCACCGUAUGAGCAUGGUGAAGUUUUUGUACUAAACGAUGGGGGAGAAGUUGACUUAGACUUGGGAAAUUAUGAAAGAUUCUUGGACAUCAACUUAUAUAAAGAUAAUAACAUCACCACUGGAAAGAUCUAUCAACAUGUAAUCAAUAAAGAAAGACAUGGUGAUUACUUGGGAAAGACAGUUCAAGUUGUUCCACACAUUACUGAUGUUGUUCAAGAAUGGGUGAUGAAUCAGGCAAAGGUUCCUGUGGACAGUGACAAGAAAGAGCCACAAAUAUGUGUCAUUGAGCUAGGUGGAACUAUUGGAGACAUUGAAGGAAUGCCAUUUGUUGAGGCAUUCAGACAGUUCCAGUUUAAGGCAAAAAGAGAAAACUUCUGCAAUAUCCACGUUAGCCUUGUACCACAGCCUAAUGCUACUGGAGAACAGAAAACAAAACCUACACAGAACAGUGUUCGAGCACUGAGGGGCCUAGGUUUGUCUCCAGAUCUGAUAGUCUGCAGAAGUACAAAGCCCAUAGAAAUGGCUGUGAAGGAAAAGAUUUCCAUGUUUUGCCAUGUGGAACCUGAACAGGUGAUAUUUAUCCAUGAUGUUUCUUCCACUUACCGAGUGCCAAUCCUGUUGGAAGAACAAGGCAUUAUUAAAUAUUUUAAACAGAGAUUAAACCUACCUAUUGAUGACCAACCAAGUGAUCUUCUUUUCAAAUGGAAGAAAAUGGCAGACAGAUAUGAAAGGUUGCUGAAGAUAUGCUCCAUAGCUCUGGUUGGCAAGUAUACGAAACUAAGUGACUGCUACGCAUCUGUUUUCAAGGCCUUGGAACAUUCAGCUUUGGCAAUAAAUCACAAACUGAAUUUAAUGUAUAUAGAUUCAAUAGAGCUUGAGCAUUCUACGGAAGUUGAGAACCCAGUGAAAUACCACCAGGCAUGGCAAAAAUUAUGCAAAGCAGAUGGCAUUUUGGUCCCAGGCGGGUUUGGAUUUAGGGGAACAGAAGGCAAACUCCAAGCAAUCUCUUGGGCAAGAAAAAAGAAAAAACCUUUUCUUGGAGUUUGCUUGGGGAUGCAGCUGGCAGUGGUGGAGUUUGCAAGAAACUGUUUAAACUGGAAAGAUGCAAAUUCUACAGAAUUUGACCCAAACACAAAAUACCCUGUUGUCAUUGACAUGCCUGAACACAAUCCUGGAGAUAUGGGAGGAACAAUGAGACUGGGAAAAAGGAGGACUGUUUUCAAAACAGAAGACUCUGUCCUAAGGAAACUUUAUGGUGAUGAAGAUUUUGUGGAGGAACGACACAGGCAUCGGUAUGAGGUAAAUCCAGAAUUGACUGGCUGCUUUGAAGAGAGAGGUUUGAAAUUUGUUGGCCGUGACACAGAAGGGAGUAGAAUGGAGAUCAUUGAACUGGAAAAUCACCCAUAUUUUGUUGGUGUCCAGUUUCAUCCAGAGUUUUCCUCAAGACCAAUGAAGCCCUCACCUCCAUACCUUGGUCUCUUGCUUGCAGCAACUGGGACACUCAGUGCAUACUUGCAACGUGGAUGUAAAUUGUCUCCAAGAAAGAGUGAUAGCUACAGUGACCUCAGUGAUGACAGUUCUCCAGAAAAAGAGCCUCCUGACUCAGAAACAAGCUGAACCCCCUGCAUGAGAGCAGAGAAUUGGAGAAUCCUACUGAGAAAAUCGAAAGGAAGGAAAUUCACAUUAAUUGGUUGCACCAUUUUUGUACAGUCUUAUUUUUCCAUAUAUGAUAUAUAAAUAGCAUAUGAUAUAGACAUUAAAGCUAUUACAGAGACUUAACUUCCUCCCAAAAGCAUUUGCCUCCCUGCUAUGGAUGUGAGUUGUUUUCCAGUUGUCAUUUUCCAGAUGAUAUUUUCAUUGCCCUAUACGAAAGUAGUUCUCCAGAUAAGUGCUGUUUGUUUAAAAAUGAGACAAAGGACCAUCAAAUCUUAGCUGUCAGUCACAAUAAUUGGUCUUGUCCUAUGAUUUUUGAAUGAUCUCAGGUGAAUCUGCCGUAGUUCUUUAUCUGUAGCAAUCUUGAUUUGCACAAAGAUUUGGGGUUGUUUUUUAAAUAAAAUGAAACAGGAAAAAAUGCUUUUGUCUUAGAAUAGUAAAAUGUAUUUUUGUGUGUGUGCUGUCUGUGUGCUCAAAGGUGGGAAUGAACUAAAAAACAAAAUUGAUCUUAUUUGUGAGCAGUGGAGAAUCAUUUCAGUGUUAAGAUUAUUGAAUAAAUGUUUACCCCUUUGCUGUUAACAUAAACAAGGCAUUAUGUUGGUCUAUUGUAGUCUUCACAGAGUUUAAUAACUGAUGCUGAAUAUGCAUGCCUUUUCAUUUUGCCUCUGCAAAUGCAGUGUCACCAUACAGCUGCUAAAAUCUGUCUGCUUCUUGCUUUUACCCGAACAGUAAUAUUUUUGAAAAGCUGAUAAUACUGAACAUAAUGCUAGUCUACUAAAUUCUAAAUGGGAUAGUAGAAGGUUUGAAUUUAUUAUAUGCCUAAGAGAAUUUAAACACAUGGAUACACAAUAAAAAUAAUCUAGUCAGCUGUAAACAAAACAUUAAUGCAGAGAAUUUAAGAGGGGCAGAUCCUGGGAUUGCACAUAGCAUAUGUCAGGAAAUGGGUACAAAGAUGGAUUUAAAACUCUUCUUCACACUCCUCUGAUUCAGGGGCCACUCUAUACAGAGCUGGUCCCCUUGUGCCCCAUUAGAGCAGCCUAUGGGCUAUUCUAAUUUAUGACAGAUGCAAACACCCAGAGCUACUGAAACUACAGCCAAUAACCAGCGUUUCCUACGGGUGUCUUGGCCACACCCUUCCUUGCCUACUAUCUGAGCAGCACAAGGGCAACGGAUGAUCCCCUAGUGAGUCCGCCAGGGGCCAGUUAGGAUGUCUCUAGGACCAGAUUCCACCAGUUGUGUGACCAUCCAAGGAUCUGGCCCAUAGUGUGGAUCAGCACCCUAAAGCUAGCAUAGCCCAAAUGUCUGAAAUGAGGUCCUCAAGCUUCACAUUUUAAUUUUAUAAAUUAAAAGGUUAUUUUUUACCCAGGCACACUGGCAAGUGGCAUCUUGUGCCUGGACAGUCAUCUAAAAAAAGUGAUUUGCCUCUUAAAUAACUUCGUAAUAUUUAAUUUGUAAGUAUGAAAUUUUUAAAAAUUGCUUUAGAAAACCCCAGUUUCUGCAGUCAAGCCAUCUGUUCAUUAAGAGAAACCCUGAUGAUAAAAUAAGCUCCUAAUAUGUCAUUGUUUUGGGGUGGUUUGUAGAUGUGUGCCUUGGAAAUAACAGAUAUUGUCGGAGUUGAUAUUACUAUAUAUCUCUGAUCUAGAACAUGUUGGACUUCUAAGAAUGUCUAUAACUUUAAAAUGUAUUUUCAAAUACAUUAAAUUAUGUUAUAUGAAAAUGUU